CAAAAUAAAUAAAUAAAUAAAAAUCUUGUCUUCCACUUCUCCCUGUUAUCCUCAGAACUUUCCCAUGUGCUAAAGCUUCAGUUUUCAUCAAUUCUUCACGAGAAACUUGCACUUUUAUUUUAAACUUCCAUAAUGUGUUUCAUUCUUCCAAGCUAAACAAAAAGUACAAAAGCUCCUGCAGAAAGGAACAGCACAAGAUCCAAUAAAAAGCACAUGUUCCUGUAAGAACACCAACAAUGGAUGAACUUAACUUGUUGAAGAUAGAGUGUUUGCUUCUUUGUCUGUCUCAGGAAUUGCUGGUGUUGGUACCUUUGUAAAGGGUUUUAAAAAAAAUGGACUUCAGGACACGUUUAGAUUAUGCUUUGUUCCAAAUUUCACCAACUAGAACCAGGUGUGAUCUGGUUAUUUUUGCUGGGAAAAAUAAUGAGAAAUUGGCAUCAGGGUUGCUUGAGCCUUUCAUUUCACACCUAAGCUCUGCUAAAGAUCAAAUUUCAAAAGGAGGCUACUCUAUUACUCUUCGUCCGGUGGGCUCAACGCCUUCCUGGUUCACAAAGGGCACUCUCCAAAGGUUUGUGAGGUUUGUCAAUACACCAGAACUUCUUGAAAGAUUUGUGACAGUGGAGAGGGAAAUUGAGCAGAUCGAGGAUUCGAUUCAAUCGUACGAAGCGAACGCUUCCGGGACGACAGACGCAGACGGAAAUUUCCAAAAGUCAUAUGGUUCAUCUAAGUCCAAAGGUGAAUCCGAUGGAAACGGCGACGCUGUUCAGGAAGAAACUUCCAAGGUUCGUCUUCAACGAGUUCUAGAGACUAGGAUGGUACUUUGUAAAGAGCAGGCAAUGGCUUAUGCUCGUGCUUUGGUUGCCGGAUACGAACCUGAUAAUAUAGAUGAUCUCGUCUCUUUCGCUGACGCUUUUGGUGCCUCUCGAUUAAGGGAAGCUUGCAUAAAUUUCAUGGACUUAUGUAAGAGAAAGAAUGAAGAUAGGCUUUGGAUGGCUGAAUUAGCAGCAAUGCAAGCAUCUAGACCAGACUUGUCUUACCUUGGAACAUCCGGGAUCGUACUUGCUGGGGAAGAAAAUGACCCUACUCAAAAUCUUACUGUAAAUAUCUCGACCUCGAAGAAAACCGUUCGGCGGAUGUCUCUGAGAUUGGGAGUGGAGAUAUCAACCCUGGUAAGGAUUGAUACCAAAUUUUUCUUCUCCUUCAGAUAUGCUAGCUUGGCAUCCAUGGAUGGGAAAUCUCAAGUACAAAUGCCAUGGCCACCCCAUUUUCCUCAGUACAUGCAAGGAUUUCCAGGUUCCGGAUUUCAACAAAUGCCUCCAUAUCAAGGGUACAUUUUCCCUGGUAUGCCUGGUGCCUCCCCGUAUUUUCCGGGGAAUAUGCAUUGGCCUCCGAAUGUAGAGGAUUCGAGUGUUGCUCGUGGUUGGGAACCAGAUGAUCAUAGAACUCAUAAAUCAUCUUCUAGGAGCAAGAAAAAAUCUUCAAAAGGUAAGAGAGAUGAAUCCACUGAGUCUAGCAAUUCCAACACUGAAAGUGAACCAGACAAAGAAAUGCAUAAGAAAAAGCACAAAAAGAAGUCAUCGUCGAGAAAAGUCGUCAUCCGCAACAUUAAUUACAUUUCUUCGAAGAGAAAUGGGGAUAAGGGAAGUGAUACAGAAGAGAGUUCCAAUGAGGAAGAGUUCAUUGAUGGAGAUUCUCUCAAACACCAAGUGGAGGAGGCUGUUGGAUCUUUGGGGAAACAACAUAAGUCUACAUCACUUCAUAAUAAGAAACGUGAUGGAAGCAAGCAUCAAAAUGUUCCAUACGAUGAAGAUGAUAUGGGAACUAAAAAUUCGGAGGGAGAAAAACGAAGCAAUCCCUGGGAUGCUUUCCAGAACCUUCUCUUGCAGGAGAAGGAUUUGGAUUCCGAAGUAGAUAAACAGACUGCAAGGUUGCAAGAGGAAUAUUUUGCAAGCAAGGGAGCCGAGGGAGUAACAAAGCAGAAAACAAUCUCGAGUGAUCCCUUUCUGGCCUCACAGAUUGAUAGGGAUCACGAAGGUCAAACUCGAGGCAGGAAUUUUGGAAGUAAUGAACUCGGUGGCUCAGUUGUUAAGAGAAGAGAGAGCACAAACGAGGAGUUUCUUGUGUUGCAAGGCAAUGAUUCCGUUAUCAGUUCCCGAGCUAAUAUCUCCGAUUAUGCUGCGGAAGCUACAUUGGCCAAAAGUCGCGGAGAAGGCGAAUGGUUUAUCAACAAACAAAUGGAUAAAUCGACUAAUCAGGAUGAAAUGAUGGGCCUCAAAAUGUUUAAUGGAGAAAACGGUUCAUCAUUAGCUGGUGAAAGCAAGAAAGAUGUUUUUGUCGAUGACUCAUUCAUUAUCCAAGGUCCAUCAGUGGGAGACUAUCAAUCUGAUGAUCGGUUAAGGAUCGGUGUAGGCAUGGUUCCUGAAAUUGAAGCUACUCAGCAUGAACAUGGCAAUUCGGAUACUGUAUCGAAGGCUGCUUCAGUUUCGUAUGAACCGGAUGACCUUUACAUGAUGAUCAGACGUGGUUCAGCUGAAGAGAAUGCCAUGACAUCUUGGACUCCAGAGAUUGACUAUGAAAUGAAUGCACUAUCUGCUGAAGUGACCGAAAGGCACGCUGAUACUGAAAUAACUGGUGUCGAUGACAAGGGUCCUAAUCCUAAAAAACCGGGGAAACUUUCGAAUAAAGAAGUUCGUUCUAGAGUUUCAAAUGGACCUCUCGUCAAAAGUAAAUCUGACUUAACAUCAAAGACCAGGAAACCACCAGCUGGAAGCAACACCGCCAUACGGAAAACUAAGUCCGAUCAGGAAGAGGAAAAACGAAAGAAAAUGGAGGAGUUACGGAUCCAGCGUCAGAAGAGGAUAGCUGAGAGGAGUGCUGGUGGCGGUCUUAAUCCUGUUAUUUUCCGGAGGAGCUCAACAGAAAAUAAAACUUUGACAGCUUCGACAAAGAAGAUCCAAUUCUCGACUCAGGAGACUAAGGAAUCACCAAAACCAGUCCUUAGAAGUUCAACCAUAGAACGCCUUGCAACUGCAAGGAAUACUUCAAAGGUCGCACCAGCUGAAUCGAAAUCGAGCCAUCCAAAAAAGUCGACAUCGAAGGAAAACAGUUCUUUAACCGCUCGGAAGACAGCUCAAGCUAAGGAUAAGAAAUCAAGCACAAAAAAAGUCGAAGCUUCAUAUAUAAAACGUGGCACAAAUAAAGUAGCUCCAAAUGGCUCUAAUGCACAAGGAAAAAAGGACUCCAAAGAGGUCACAGAAGCAUUGCCAAUGGAACCAGCGGCACCCGAACCAGCAGCACCCCAGACAGACAUUGUCGACGAUUUCAAGGACAUCCAAGAGUUGCAGACUAAUCCAAUAGAUAAAACCGAAAGAAACUCGAUUUCAAAACAAAACCCAUUGGAGGACCAAAACUCAAAUGGAAACAUGGUUACCGUAGAUAAACCAUUGCAAAUAGAUCAUGUAAAAGGCGAUGAAGAAUUCAGUAAGGAGGCAUGUAAAGUUGUUUCUGGAGAUAACAUUGCACCGGAAGAAUUCGGUAAAGAUAUUCCCGAGACAACAGUUCUUCCUGUGCCACCAGUGCCUGUCAAGUCGGUUCGGUUUUCGACUGUAAAUAUUGAAGGGAUCGAUACCAUGAAUGAGAAAUUCCAGCCCUGUAGGGUUUCUGAAAUAGAGAUCUCAACCCCACCUCCCAAGGAUACAAUGGACAAGGAACUGAUGCAUAGCAGGAAGAAAUGGAACAAUGAUGAAAGCCCUCCUAAAGUGGCCAAAGGGUUUAGAAAGCUUCUUUUCUUUGGAAGAAAAAGCAAAAACUAUUAUACUGCUUAGUGUGUGCUCUUGCCAUUCAACAAUACUUCUGGUUUGGGUUUUCAAUUUUUUUUCGAGUGCUUCGAGAGUUCGGGUGGAACGUAACAAUAAGGCUUUUGAUGUUGCUGCCAUUCAAGGAUUCAUGAAACUGAAAAUGAAAAAAAAGGAGAUUCAUAAUGUAAUUUAUCUUUGACAUUAUCAUGUUGUAUGGAUCAAAACACAUUCUUUUUGUGUGAUUGUAUGCCUUUGUAAUUUGUGUUUGUAUACACAUUUUGAGUCUUUGUAUA